CAGCCAUGAUACUGUUAUAGUGGAAUGCAUUUACUGAUAUAUCAUCUGAGUCCUGGAGAAGAAACCUCUCUGUUUCCGCACUGAUAGCGCGGAUUCUGGGAACGAGAUUGAGUGGGUGUUAAAGACCCGCAUUGCCUUUUGGGAAUGAUUGAUGAGUUGGCCGAAAAAAAGUACUGAUUCGUCCAGCAUGGCGGCGAAUAGUUCCACUUUACAGAAGGAAACUGGGGGAAAUCAACAUGAAUCUGCGAUCGAACUUCCACCACCAUACACUUCAGUGCCACAGUAUCAAGUGGAAAACCCAGCAGUGAUACAUAAUCCCACAGUACAACAACAGAACAAUGCGUGGUAUCCUCAGGGAAUAAAUUCAGGUUAUCCUCCAUUUUCCUAUCCUGGAGGGAAUCAACCACCGCCUGGAUAUUUUACAUAUAAUGCUACUGCGGCUCCUUCGAGACCUGGCGUUCAGCUGAGCGAAGAAGAAGGCCAUCGAAGGCAAGAGGCAGCGAUUCGACAUGGAAUCGCUGCGUCGGUGGUGAGAAGGCCGUUCGGCCGACGAAGCUGCACUUAUCGACUCAUUAGACUCGGUAUCACGUUGUUCCUUCUGGGAGUUACACUGCUCAUUGUUUUGGGCGUUUUAAUCGUCCGUCCCGCCUUGAACGACACGCAGCUUAAGAGCGCUCAGUGUAAAGUCAUCUCCAGCUUCAUGACCGGUUACAAAAGCUGCGACUGUGGACGGUAUUGCUCUUCAAAAUAUCCUUGUCUUGAAAUACAAGUUUCUUAUGACGCCGACGGAAAGAAAAACACAGCUUACCUAUACAGAAACGUUUAUGCUGAUAAAAAUCAGUGCAGUACUCAGCCAUGUGAUACAGCCAAGUGGUCCAAUAAAGAAGAUGUGGACAGCUUUCAGAGCGAAUAUGGCCAAGUCGAUGAUGAAUACAGAUGCUAUUACAAUCCCAAAACUCCCGAUGAGGCAUAUACAGAGAGAUCUAGUGUGAAGAGUGAUAAGGUUGCGAUACUGAACUGCAUCCUGUGGCCAAUGCUCCUCAUUGGUAUCAGCAUUGGCCUGCUUGGUACACUGUUUUUGCGAUCCAAGGGCCUCUGCUGCGUCAAGAAGAGGAGUGGAUCCUCUGUGCCUUACCAAGACCUCCAGCCUACAGCUUGAAGGUAUGGCCAAAAAAAGGACCAAAGACAUUCCAAACAAGAAACAAAGAAAUACAUAGUGAUACAGUUUAACCUUACUGUUUCAAACUUCCCUGUUAUCUCAAACUCAAAACAUUUUUUCCUUGGACAUAUUUCUUUUUCAGACAUUCACUAUCAGUCAAAAACUUGGAAACAUUUGGACCUGCAUGGAAGUAUUGUUAUUGUGAGCUUUUAGUUAGGGGGUUGUCAUCUGUCCUAGGUACAGGUAAAGUCUGCUUAUGAGCCAAGUGGUCCAUCAGCCAGCCAGCCCAGUUUCUGAAGCAUGAAGUGACUAAGAAUAUUUCUACUCCC